AUGGUUAGUUCUUCUCAAAAUCUUCGUGAAGAUAAUGUGAUAAUUAAUAAUAAUCAAGAACAAUCUGAUGAUGAAUUUUUUAUUAUGAAGUAUAAUCAGUUUCACAAGAUCAAUAAUAUUAUCAAUACCAUUAUCGUUAUAGAUGAAAAACCUAAACAACAAGUUGAUUCAUCUGAUGAAUUUGAGGAUGAAGAAGGAUCUCAGUCUGUUAAUGAUGAACUAGCAUUAGAUGAUGAUAGACCACUCUUUAGUGAUGACGAGAUUCCGAUUGAGUUAUUUGUGACCUCUGGUGUUGAUAUUAAUUACGAUUCUGAUCAAGAAGAUUCUACUAUGAAUAUGAAUGUAAGCGAUUCGUGGAUCCUUCUCUGA